CACUGCGAACUGGUUCACCGCUCGCGGGAGUGUUUAUUGUUUGUAUUUGUUUCGCCGUCAUCGUGUAUUGUUCUCCUUUGGAGUUUCCAUUAGUUUAGCUCUGUUCUAUAGUCAGUAUAAGUAGUUAAAUGUCUGAAGAAGCGACUGUUCAAGGGAUGGAGACACACAAGCGAAUGAGCUAUUUGCACUGGGACGACUACUUCAUGGCUACAUCCCUGCUCUCGGCCCAGCGAAGUAAGGAUCCAGUUACCCAGGUGGGUGCCUGCAUAGUGGACUCGCAGAACAGAAUAGUGGCCAUUGGAUACAAUGGAUUUCCGCGGAACUGCAGCGACGAUGAGUUUCCCUGGACGAAGGCCAAGAAGGACACGAAGGACUUUGACCCGCUCAAGGAUAAGAAGAUGUAUGUGGUGCAUGCGGAGGCCAAUGCGAUCCUAAAUAGCAACGGUGCCACAUUGACUGGAACGCGUUUAUAUACCACACUCUUUCCAUGCAACGAAUGCGCCAAGCUCAUUAUACAGUCUGGAAUUUCGGAUAUUCUUUAUUUGUCGGACAAGUACGCGGAGAAGCCCACUUAUCGAGCUUCACGGCGAAUGCUGGACGCGGUCGGCGUUGGCCACAGACGUCAUGUGCCCAAACAAAAACAGAUUAUCAUCAAUUUUGACGACAUCCUGGAGGAGGAUCCUAACUCUUCACUGAACCUCAACGACCUCCACUUGUGAUAUAAAUGCCCAAAUGGAACUUAGCUUUAGGUAGAACUUUCAAGAAUGGCAAAUCGUACUUUUAGUUUUGUGUUUUCUAUGUCAUUUUAAAAUUGAUUUUAGACGUGAUUCGUUUGUCCCUUUAGAAAAAUUUGUAACGAACCAAAUAAAUCCCAAAACGCCAAUGAUAA